AUGGAGACUGACAGCUACACCUCAAGCCCAGCCACAACUGACUGGGUUGGGACAGUGGCGGGCCUGGAGGGGAUGGUCCCUCAGGAGCAGGGAGGAGGGGGCUCGUCCAGCAGCCCCGCGUCCUGGUACGUGCCGUACUCACUGGGCUUCCAGGUGUCGCUCACAGCCUUCCUCAUGCUGGAGCUGGUGUUGGGUUUCAGCAGCAACCUGACAGUGCUAGUGCUCUACUGCUCUCAAUCCAAUUUAGUGGACUCAGUGAGCAAUAUGGUGACUGUCAAUCUGCACGUGCUGGAUGUGGUGGUGUGUGUGCUGUGUCUGCCCCUCACUCUGGUGGUGGUGCUGCUGCCUCCAGGACCAAACCUGGCCCUGCUCUGCUGCUUCCAUGAAGCCUGUGUCACCUUUGCGAGCAUCGCCACAGCCAUCAACAUCCUGGUUAUCAGCUUGGACCGAUAUGACAUUUCAGUGCGGCCAGCCAACAGGCUUCUCACGACACGCAGAGCGGCGCUGCUCCUGGUUGCUGUCUGGGUCACCUCAGUAGCUGUGUUUUUUAUCCCAUUCUUGGAGGAUCAGUGGUCCAGUGGAGAGGCAUCAGAGGAGAAAGGGCAAGUGCCUCCCUUGUCUUUGUCCUCAUAUGGCAUCAGUGCCACAGUGGUGCCAGCAUGGCGUAACCGGACACUGCUGUGUGUUGGUGGGCAGGGCUAUCACACAAGGCUGGGUAUGUACUAUCAUCUUAUCCUGCAGAUACCCAUCUUCUUCACCACUGUGGCAGUCAUGCUGUUCACCUACUCCAGAAUACUGAGGGCUUUGAACAUCCGCAUUGGCUCCCACAUGAAGAAGAAUCAGCGAUUCAGAGGCCCCUCCUGCAGCGGGCACAACAAGAGACAGAAAAAGAAGAAAGCAGGGCCCAGAAUGAUCGAUGGUGGGGAGGUAGGAGGGGAGCAGUGCACCACAGAUGGUACCAAGCAGCUCAGCCACCCACCCCUCAUUCCAUCCCCUUCCCCUACCCCCACAGCUACCUCCCCCCCUGCCUUGUCCUCAUCUGCCCCGCUGGUCAUCUCUGACAUGGGUGCGGCCACCCCCAUGCCAGCCACCAUGGGUGUUCAGGCCUCCGUGUCAGCCAUCAUUGCCUUGCGGAGGGCGGUGCGGCGACACAGGGAUAGGCGAGAGCGCCAGAGGCGAGUGUUCAGGAUGUCCCUCAUCAUCAUUACCACCUUCCUGGGUUGUUGGGCUCCCCUCUCUGUGACCAACGUGCUAAUCCUUGGCAUUGGCCCCAGUGAUGCCCUGAUCAGCCUGCGCCUCUGGUUCCUAGCCCUAGCUUAUGGCACCACUGUCUCCCACCCACUGCUCUAUGCUUUCACCCGACAGAAACUGCGCCGGGCCCUACGUGCCAAGGUUAAAAAGAGGGUGGUGUCCCUGCUCCAAGUAGACCCUUCACCAGGGGGCACUGUCAUACACAACUCCUGGGUGGAAAACAGAAAAACCAGCCGGCAGGUGCGGCUGGAAGCAAGCGAAGGUACUGACCGUUGCCUGGCAGAGGCCCUGUGA